UCCUCGAUCCAUGCUCUCCGCCUCGUCUCCACUUCCGGCCACCGGCCGGCAUCUCCUGCCGGCGAAGAAGACAAAGAAGAAGAUGAUCACCGCCUCUACUCUCGUCGCCAGCGAUUCGUCCUCUCCGAUGCCAAACUCACAUGAAAAAAAGUCAUCAUUGCUUUCUAUUCUCGUGAUACUUACUUUGCAGGAGAUGAAAAGGCCUCAUUUCUUCUUCCGAGUUGCAAGUUUGUACCUCUCUGUCUACAUUGAUGUAAUUUAGUACAACAAUUUUCAAAUUUUUGGCUUGAUAUAACUCAAAAGCAUAGAGCAGAGAUUUGAAGUUUUAAUGGCAAAAGAUUUGAAAUUUUGGAAUUCAGCAGGGUGGCAGUUUCCAAAGAUGGUGAAAAACUCUUGUGUAGAGUGUUUGGAGGACCUUUUUUUUGGCUUUUUGUCUCAGAUGCUUAUUAUAGGAAUAAUGGAAGACAGGGACUUGCAUCACUGCAGCCUUAAAAGUCCGGAGAAGAUGUUCACUUUGAUUCUCACUUCUCAGCUUUGUUUAGGGUUUGAUAGCGUGCAAGUUACUUGCAACGCUGAGGGUUUCUUUUGCCGCAACGCCUCACAGGGGAAGAGAGAAAGCUCAAGUCUUGAAGGAGGGUUCUCAUCUUCAUCACUGCACCAUACACAAGCAUGAGUGAAACACCGAGGCUCGAGUUCGUCAAGGUUCUUCUUAGUGGUUCUAGAUUUUGCAUUCCACCAGCAUUUGUUCGGCAUGUUAUUGAUGACAACCAUGGAAAAGCCAUCAUAUUAUCGGCUGGUAUAUUUUGGCACAUAAAAGUUCAAGAAACCGAAGAAGGUUUAUUCUUCACAGAUGGUUGGGAACAAAUGAUCAAAGCCCAUGGCCUCAGUGAAGGAUGUGUUCUUUUCUUCCAUUAUGUGGGUAACAUGGUUUUUACUCUGAAGGUCUUUGGUCACAGUGGUUGCAGAAUCAACAAUUUCCGUAUUAAUAGUGAAGAUUCAAACAGUAGUCUUGGCCAGAUUCCAUUGGCCAACAACUGUGAUGAAACCAAUGUUUCUUCUCCGUCUGUGGGAAUAAUAUCAGAGGACGAAACCAGUUGUAUUGAGAACAUAAUUCAGUAUGAGAAAAAGAUACACAAAACCAGCUUGGUUCACUGCAGAAUUAGUGUCCCUCUUUGGGUCUGCGCAUCAACUGGCCUCAAAUCAUCUCACGAUGUGACUAUUAGGGGUCCGGACAGGAGGUUGUGGACCGUGUUUUUUUCAUAUAGUCCGCAAACACCUAGAUUGGGAAAAGGUUGGAGUGAGUUUUGUGAACACUACAAAUUGGAAAUUGGUGACUCCUGCAUCUUCACUCAUGUUUCAAAACGAGACAAUUUGUUUGACGUUAAGAUCAAGCGCGUGUCUCAUGGGAGAGUUUCGACAUCAUAUGAAGAUGAAGUGUAGGUCUCACGAGCGAGCUCGAACAUUGUUCUACUUCUGUCCUACUGUGUAAGCCUGAAUUCUGAACUAAUGUUUGUUGUUUAUUUGAAUCGACUUUGUGGUAUUUUGCUUUGUAUUAUGGACUUCGCAUGGUGUUUGUGACUCGACCGUUUGCAAUGAGUACGAUUUAUGAAUCAAUUCAGAAAAUUUGUGUUACUUUUAAGCUUA